CUAGAAGUUGCUCCAUCCGAGCGGAAAAUACGUCACUACAAACGCGUAAAAAUAACCAGGAAACCCGCACCAGGCGCUGGCAACACCGACCGAAAGCCGGGAACUGGGCUCGAGCUUCAGUCGGUCGCCGGAUCUCGAACGGCGUAGUCACGCUGAAUCCUACCGCGCUCAAAUUCCGCCAAAAUCGAACACCGAAUUCAAUAAACUGACAUAAAAACAAAGGCCGUAUUCCAAAUUCGAGUUAGUUCGUUCUUUUUUCAUACAGUUCCCUCUUGUCGCGUGUGGACGUUGGUAAUUUAAAAAUGGAACUAGGUUAGGGAUGUGCAUAGGAUCGAGUGAAAACGCGUUAUUAAUAAAAGCCUGUUCACUUCAGAUCGACUCCGUGCUAUGUCCGUGCGCAAGACAGUGAGAGUGAAGUGCGUGUGAUGCGAGCCGGUUGACUUCUCUACCCUGACUCCUGCAGCGGAACCCUGGCGAAGAAAACCGUCAGGAUGGCCGACCCUGACGCGUUCGAUGACGAGAAGCUGGUGGUGGGCAACGCCACGCAGCGCAACUGGCGCGGCAUCCUCAUCGCGCUGCUGGUGAUCGUGGCCGUCCUGGCGCUGAUCGUCACGUCCGUGGUGCUGCUCACGCCGCCCGACGAGGGGCCCAGGGUCAAGGGCCGCCGGCUUCGCAUACAGGACCUGCUCAGCGACGAACUGGUGCCUGUUAGGUGGAAUGGGACGUGGAUUUCCGGUGACGAGUUUGUGUACCGCGACGCGUGGGGCGGCAUCAGCCUCAUGUUCGCUGCCAACCAGUCUUCCAAGACCCUCAUGCCGAAUACCACUUACCGGGUACUGGAGCCAGCUUCUUUCUCGGUGUCCGCGGACCGGCGCUUCCUGCUGCUGGCGCAGAGUCUGCGGCGGAUUCACACGCACUCGUACCUCGCGCGCUACACCGUGUACGACAUACUGACCACCGAGUCGUAUCCUCUAACGCCACUACCGGACGAGGUGGGCGGCGGCGUGGUGACCGAGGGCCCGGCGCUGCUGCUGGCCGCGUGGACCCCCAAGGGCCACGGGCUCAUCACGGUGAAGGACUGCGACAUCUACUACCGGCCCGCGCCGCGUUCCUCCACUGGCUAUCGUGUAACGGACACCGGCAAGCCUGGGACCAUUUAUAAUGGCGUGCCGGAUUGGUUGUAUGAGGAGGAGAUCCUAAAAACGCGGUCAGCGCUGUGGAUGUCCGCCGACGGUCACAUGGUGCUGUACGCCACCUUCAACGACACGCUCGUGCUCGAGCAGAAGUUCCCGUGGUACGGGCCCUCGCUGGACACUGAUGACCCGGCAAAGACAUACCCGGAGAUCAGAAGCGUAAGGUACCCGAAGCCUGGCACGAUUAACCCCACAGUGCGGCUCACGGUAGCCGACAUAGCAGACCCGAAACACAUACGCACCAGGCACUUAACACCGCCGAAGAGUAUACUUGAAGAUGGCGACUAUUACUUCACGAGCGCGCAAUGGGUCUCCCUAACAGAAGUGUGCGUGGUGUGGCUCACGCGCACGCAGAACCUCUCUGUUGUGUCCGUCUGCAAAAGCCCCAUGUGGUACUGCCAAGAGGUAUACAGGAUAACAUCAGGCUUAGAUAGCUGGGUGGAGUCCGCCCCGGCGCCGCUCUGGUCGGUCGGCGGCGGGGCGCUCGUGACGCUGGCCCCUAUCCGGGACGGCCCCGCCGGUCUGUUCCGACACAUCGUCCGGGCCGAGCACAACGCGCACGGGCCGAGGGCGUUGCCGCUCACGCAUGGCAGCUUCGAUGUUGUCAAGCUGUUGGCGUGGGACCACGCUAAUCAACACAUAUACUACCUGGGUAUACCAGAAGGUAAGCCGGGGCAGCAGCACCUGUAUAUGGUGUCGUCAGAGGCGCCCCGGCCCGGAUCGCCACAGAAGCUGCCUUACUGCGUCACGUGUAAUACACAGCCUUCCCCGUCAAUCAACCUAGAGUACUACGGCAACCUGGCGUCCUCGGGCGACAGUUGGGACAGCGACUGGGACGAGGAGCUGUCGGCCACCUCGCCCUCGCCCAACGCCAGGAAAAAGAAGAAAAAACGACCUGAUCACAUGCAACAACACCUGCCGUGCCUGUACCACGAGGCGCACUUCAGCCCGUCGUCAGCGUAUUUCGUGCUGGAGUGCCUGGGGCCCGGCGUGCCCACCACCAGCCUGUACCGCACGCUGCUGCCCGAGCCCAGGAUGCUCGUGCACUUGGAGAACAAUACUGAUGUCAAGGAGCGGUUAUCGUCGAUAGCUGUCCCGACGCCGCGCACGUUCUCGGUGCAGCUGUCGAGCGGGCACACGGCGCGGGUGCGGCUGCUGCUGCCGCCGGGCCUCCGGGAGGACGAGGUCACCAAGUACCCGCUCGUCAUGAAAGUACAUGGAGCGCCAGGCACGCAGCUGGUGACGGAGCGCUGGGCGCUGGACUGGGGCUCGCUGGCGGCGGGCGCGGGCGCCGUGCUGGCGGCGGUGGACGCGCGCGGCGCCGGCGGCCGCGGGCUCGGCGCGCACCACGCGCUGCACCGCCGGCUCGGCACCGUCGAGCUGCAGGACCAGCUCGAGGUGGCGGAGUACCUCCGUGACUCGCUGCACUUCAUCGAUUCUCGUCGCGUGGCGGUGUGGGGGCGCGCGCACGGCGGGUUCCUGGCGGCGCUGGCGCUGGCCAGCCCGUUGGACGUGUUCCACUGCGGCAUCGCCAUCACGCCUAUCGUGCGCUGGAGAUACUAUGCAUCUGCGUACGCGGAGCGCUACAUGGGCUUCCCCAACGCGACGGGCAACUACCGCGGCUACGCCGACGCCGACGUGACGAAGCAGGCCGCAGCGCUGCACGAUAAGAUGCUGCUCCUGGUGCAUGGCACGGCUGACGACAACGUGCACGUGCAGCAGACCAUGGCGCUGGCGCGGUCGCUGGCCGACCAGGGCAGCAUGUUCAGACAGCAGGUGAGACCCCAGGAUAAGAUGCUGCUCCUGGUGCACGGCACGGCUGACGACAACGUGCACGUGCAGCAGACCAUGGCCCUGGCACGGUCCCUGGCCGACCAGGGCAGCAUGUUCAGACAGCAAGUGAGACCCCAGGAUAAGAUGCUGCUCCUGGUGCACGGCACGGCUGACGACAACGUGCACGUGCAGCAGACCAUGGCGCUGGCGCGGUCGCUGGCCGACCAGGGCAGCAUGUUCAGACAGCAGAUCUACCCAGACGAGGGCCACAGCCUGUCCGGCGUGAGGCGGCACCUGUACCGCACCAUGUCGGCGUUCCUCGACGACUGCUUCCGCAAGCAAGUGCCGCCCGAGACCAAGGCGGGGCUGCGGAACGGCGGCAACCUCGACUGAGACACGUGGCGGGACGAAGAGUUGUACUCGCGGUAAUGAACGGAGUCGUCGGCACAUUGUAGCAACCUUAUCCAAUUAACCUGUAGUACAACAAUUCCAUAUCCUGACCCGAACAUGUCUACUGCCAAAGAGUGGACAGCUCUGAACACAUAAUCAUGUAUGUGAUAACACAUUAGUAUUAAAGAGAUUUUUAUCGUGUUAUAAACCCUGUCAAAUAAGUGCGACAGCUAUAAAAUUUGACAGUUGACAAUCGUGAUUCGACUAUGAUUUUAUUUUGUGUUAAAAAGUGAGCAGCCUAUGGCUGUUGCGUGAAGAAUCGUGACGCGUUCAAUUCGGUUGUGUGUUCGGGUAGUGCAUUAGUGAGAGUGUUCAGCGGACCAGCGAUUGGUCGAAGCACAAUGCCUCCUCAUUGAUAGAGGAUGAUCGUAAAUAAAUUGUUCUAACGCAUUUUGAAAAUUUAACAAUACUUAGAUAUAUAAUUUUAUUCAGGAUUAUUAGGAAAACAA